UUAGCGAUCUGCACACUUAAUUGCGAGUCUUCAUACACACGCAUUCACUCACGCACACAGGAAUCGACACCUGCAGCGGCGUCACUUCACUUGGCGCCGUGGCCCCAUCCACACACAUCAUGAUGCACACGAGCAUGUCUCCUUCCGUGGAAGCUCUUAUCGUCUAAGCUGGUGCGAGACCCAUCAGCUGAUAGUACGGCGACCCUAUGCGGACACCACACAUCACAAACAACCAAAGAACACCCACUCACUCUAUCAAUGUGUGGCGGCAUCCAUCCGGCACAUUCACCUUUGCUGUCUGCGAAGACCAGCAGGAUGACAUUGUGGCUUAUCAGGACGCCCUGCACACUAGAAAGGCCCCUGCACACACACACACAUGCACACACACAUGCACCGGUAAGCAAGCUGGCAGUUAGGAUGGCACCGUCCCUUUUCCUUGCCUUUCGCUCCAGAGGUUUUCUUGGCAGUCGACAUACUCUGCAGCCCAUGCAGCGGCAGCGAAUGUUCCCGAAUUGCGUUUAUUGUAGCCGUACGUACGUUGUUCGGGUAUGAGUGUGCAGAUGCUCGCGACACCCGUGGUCCCAUCAUCCUUGCCGCUGCCCUGAGAAGAAAGAACACUUGGAUAUAUAUGCGCGCCGCGCCCAUCUAUUCUGUUGUGUGCAUGUCAUUGACCAGGUGUGCCUCUCUAUACUAUACACACCUGGUGCAAUAUGAUGCUGUAGUUGUCCCCUGUCGACCUGGACAAUGUGCCGGGACUCAGUGCAAGGGCUGCCAAGUACGGACUCGGACCUGGGUGGGUAAGACAGACAGCAUGGGCAGUCACGUGAAGGGUCGAUGACACGACACACACGUGUCUCUUGGCUAUUGUGCUGUGCGUGAGCGUACUCUGCGACACGUGGAGGGGGCCUUGUAGGAUGUGCAUCGUGUGGUUGGUCUCCACUUGCACCUGACAGAUGUCACUCACGUGAAGGGUCAAUCAAAACCAACCAGUACAUUUGUGUGUCUGGCUGCGUGUCCCCUCCGUCCCCUGCUCAGCUCACACACCAGAACUUGCUUGAUGCUAUGGGAAGCGCUAUCGUCGUACACAUAGACAAACCUGAGUGCAAACCAAAUACCCACUGCACUCACUGCACUGGCCAUUCCUCUCCCUGCCAUACAUACCAUGUGCACUCACUGCACCUACCUGUUGGCGGCGACGAGUGCGAGUGCUCGGUCUUUGGCCCUGGCAGCACCGAUGUUCAAAUCGCUGCCACUCAUCACCAGAUCGUCCUCCGUCUGCACGCGUUCAACACCGAUGGGAACACGACUGUAUGGCUUCCUCGCCCUCUUGUGUGAGCUGACCAAAUGCACAGCUCACUCACCUGGUAAAAUAGUUUGGCUUUGGCCUCCUGAAGGAUGGUCUCACUCGUGUCUGUACGGGAUGGCGCUGCAUGCUCUGCACUCAACACACACACACACACUGCAACGGAUGGUGUGUGUGUCUUUAUCCCUCCCUCCCCCCUUCCCUCCCUCCCAUGGACCCACCCCACCCACCCUUGUAUGCGAGUACGAAUGCGUCAUCGGCCACUUUGAGGGUACGAAGGUGACGGACGGCCUAAUGUGAUUGAUGGAGGACCCCAUUCCUUGUGGUUGGUGGUGUCAUUUCGUGACGCCUGAACUGAAUGACCUGAGAAGCAAAUAUCCACUCCCCGAGUUCCGUCAGGACACCUUGGGGACCAAUUGACAGCAGGCGAGCCUUGCCGUAUGGCUGCAGACACAUACCAUACACCACUUUCUGUGUCUCAUGUUUGGUCAUGUUUAUGCGUGGCACUGUUCGCUCACAGUGACUGUUCGUCUGUCGAUGUCGAUCACUUUGUCUUCGAACAGCAUCGCAACACGGGAACGCGGCAAGGGCACCAACGCCACGUGACCGCUCUGAACCAAGCCACGAAACCACCCAUCUCUCUCUCUUCGUAGGCUAAGUGCGUAUCUGUGCAUCAUGCAUGUACCUACCUGCAUGGAGGCGAACUCCAUCCGAGGCCCAAAUUCCAGCCGUGACGACACGAUGGUGCCCCCACCCUCGGCUUCACGCCUAGCUUGCCGUCUGUGGUCUGUCUGCAGCAGCGAUGUGUGUGUGGCGACGUAGCCUCCGACCAGAAAGCCCUUGGCCUUCUCCUUCCGAUGGCGAAACGCUAUCACAAAUCGACUGGCAGCAUACAUCCAGCACAGCAGCCCACAUGUUUUCGUGGGAUGGAAUGAUACCAUAUGUGUGACACAUGCGCACCCGUUGGUGAGUGCAGCGAUUUGCGGUUGGUGGGCCUCGUAUUCAGGGCAGAAACUGGCAGGCGGGCCCCAACUGACAUGGCCAGGGCGCACACGGCCUAACUGAUGGCAGGACACACAGGACACGCAAAGGCAACGAUACGAUGGCAGCAGGGAGCCAAGCCGCGGUGCACACCAUGACUUUGCCGCGGUUCUUGUCUGUCUUGUCACGGUACACCAGCAGCAGCUUGUCAAGACCUGCCAAAGGACAGGACAGACAGAGGGGGAGGGAGGGGUCGAGGGAGGACUGUCUUGUCGUAUCGUGCAGUCAUCAGAUGCCUCACCGCAUUUGACCAGAUGAAGGUCGGCGAUGCUCGUGUUCUUCUCGUAGGGCAGCAAGGGCUCGGGGAUGUACGCAGACGCUGCAGCCGCCACGGAUCAUCAUCCGGCAAACGAAAGACAUCAUCAGGGAGUGGGUGUGUUCUUUUCGCUACGUGGGCUGCAGUGCAUUCCGUCUCCGAUGAAUCCCGCGCUGCAGAGGCACUGUGACCCCUGCACCGUGUGCUGGCACCAGGCAUUCGCACCACACACCUUGUCGCCACACGCUGUGAGCACAGCCACAUGCGUACAAGCGACAGAUGGUAAGGACCUCGGUACGAUCCCCGUCACCUAGGAUCGCUUACUUUGCGGUAUUGGGUUGGUUUGUGUCGUAUAUGCCUGUUCGAGGGAGGACAGGACGUCCUCCACAGACGAGGGGGCCCUCAGCCGCUUCAGGACGCCUCUCUGAGUGGAAAAAGCGCCCGCCACGUGCUCCUCGGGGUCGGCCGCCUUGACACACCAAUGAACACAGGUGGGGAUGUUGUUCUCUGUUUGUCUUUCUAUCUGUCGGCUGGCUGACCUGCGUUUCGGUAUUUGAAGGCCCUUGGCUGAGCAGGUGCUCCAGGUCAUCGAGAUACGUCCGUGCGAGUGUCAUCUGCAGCGCAUGGAACAAGGAUGGCAGCAUUCCCUGUUUGUUUGUCCUCCUCGCUUACAUUCAGUCGUUUGUUUGCGGUGGCGCCGCUCACCAACCCCGUCGGCACCAGCUGCAGCUGAGGACCAUUGGCAGUUCUUGUCCAUUGUGGGUGCGAGGGGCGGCGCUGCAGCUGCCGAUCAUACUCCCUCAGGCCUCUCCAUGGUCCAUGCCUCUCACCGAAUGUGAGGGAGAUGCGGCGACUUGCGGAAGACCCAGGCGCCAUAUGGAUGUUGUAGCGCCUGUGGAGGUCGUCAUCGGAGGAUAGGAUGCGCGUCAGCCUGGCUGCCGGGUAUGUUGCCUUGGCCUGGCUGCUGCGCGAUGUGGACUCAUUUGCCAGAUGUGGUUUGAUAUAGAUCAGGAGCCCACACACCAGCGGAAAAACCUUCAACCUCAUCACAGAGUCCAUCCAUGUAAAUGCAGUGUAAAGACUGCGUCUGGGUCCCCCCAGGAGCCCUUCUAGCCCUGUGACGGCGCUGCUGGCCUGGCGCCACCAGGGGCAGGCAGGCUCUUGGACAAUAUCUCGUAUGUCAUCUCCUGCACACAGGGAGGAGGCAGAGAUGCGCAACCACAUCACAUCACGCACCAAUACCACAACUGAUGUGUCUGUCGUGCUUUGCACUGCAGUGCACCCAUCCACACCUCUUCGUCGAACUCGUCUGGGUUCUCUUCGGGCGAGGUGUGGUCGACCACAUACUUCAACUUGUCCUUGUAGAACGACAACGCACGCGCAUUCGCUGACAUACAGACACAGAGCACGACCGACGUGGGAGAGAGGGAGAUGGCGUAUACAAUGCGGCUGGCAUCCAUCCAUCCAUCCAUGUUUUCAUUCAUCUCUGCGUACCUUUGAAGCAUGUGCACAUCAUUUUGGCCAUCUGCAACUUGCGCGAGACCAACUCCAGCAGCUGCAUGAGGAACCGACCCAAUCCUGCACACACGGGGUAGACAGCGGGAGCAUAACAGGUGCGUGCACAUGUGUGUUUCUGCCUGUGGCUGACCUUUGCUCCUGGUCUUGUUAUCCACCUGCAACUCCCAGAUGUAACACACCUCCUCCUACACACAAGAGAGCGAAUAUGCUGUCGGCCCUCCCCUCUGUCCUCUCCCGCUGCCUACCUCCAAUUCGAUUUCGAAUCGAUAGUGCACGAAGGCUACGAUAUCCGAGCCAUCGCCAUCCUUGGACACGGUGCCGUUCGUCGCUGGCCCAGCGUCUGACCCAUCCGCGGUUGAUGGGGCAGCCUCCUGGCUCGGGACGCUGCGGGCCAGAAUGAAACGCGCUGAGCAAUAACACAGACGAUACAGACGCAGACAGAGGAGAGGGUCGACGCACCUCCCUGUUUUCCGUUCUUGUCUGCGCGUACCGUCAUCCUCCGAGAGUUCUUUCCACUUGGCCCUGUCGUCCCAUCCUUUCCCCCCCGGCUGCGCCUCAUCGUAGAAGGUCUCCAUGUUGGCCUUGGUCAGGUCGAAGCACCGCUGAAUCUCCCCACGGCUCAUCACAGAGGCGCGGCGGUCCUCGAUUGUGACCUCCACGCCGCCUCUGUUGUACUGCCGGAAGGCUGGUGCCAGGGUGAGGGCAUCUUCCAAUGCGUUCGCCGAGUCAAUCUUGGCCUUCUGCUGCUUGUGGAGGGCCAGCUGUGCCUCCUGGAUCUCCUUCUUCUUGGCCUUGGCCUCGCGCUUCUUGUCCUUGGCUUUCCCGUUCAUACUCUCACACUGCCACACGCUCCUGCUGUGAUCUAUCAGCGGCAAUGAAUGAACACCCGCUCUU